AUAAUAACGAUUUCACGUGUUCCUUUUUGCACGCGUUUCCUACCCCCCAGCCCAUCCCUAAUGCUAUCGUUUCCCGCCCGAUAUCUGCUGCUCGGCGGUAAGCGAUGGGAGUGGGUGCGUCAGGUUAUAAACGCGAUAAAAAAUUUCAUACAAGCUGCUCUAAAAAGGAUCCACAACCUUUGGGCACGUCAAGGGCGCCAAAGUUCAUAGGAAAAGACUCUACGGAUCUGGCCAUAUCUGAUCUGUGUUGCAAUGACCCCAAGAAUAUCCAGCCUCUGGCAAAAAAAACAAUGGAGGAGUCAGAGCAACCGAAAAUCGCAAGCGAAGUCGAAAAAAACCCUGAAACGGCAUCUGAUCUCCCUGUGCAUCCACUGGCCCCUGUCUCCAUGGAUACUAUUCCUAAAUCAAGCAACAGUGCUUCUGAUACUCACAUGACCGAGUCAGCCAAUGAACACCCAGAAAACGUUCGAGGCCUAGGAUUAAAACACGGCUCUAUGGAACGACACCCAUCGGUUAAUCAAGAGGUUGUGAGAGAGCUGACAAGUCCCCCGGUCCUAAGUGCGAAUGAUCGACGAAAAACGUGGGCGCAUCUUAGUACCCCUCCCCUCAGAUUACCAGCAAUCGAAAAGCCAAGGAUCGGUAGCGUUAGAGUGGAGCCAUUGGACCAUACUGCACUAGCCUCGCCCCCAUGUAUCAGCCCUCAAAAGACUUGCGACGGAGUCAGGGAUACAAACCACAGGGAACCCAUGGACGACGCUCUAUAGUAGACUUGCAGAUAAUAUGGAGACACAUAAACUGCACAACCAAAAUACCGCCCUCUGCUUCCAUCCCUUGCAUCUAGUUCUUUAUCAAAAAGUGUAUAAAUGUUCUGAAUAAAAAAGGUAAUGUA